AGGGAACCUCCCAGCUCUGCUCCUCCUGCUGGUCAGUCGGACAGAGCUCCUCAGGAGAAGGUCAGCAGGCUCCCAGCAGGAGAGGACGUCAUCACCUGUGUGGGAUCUAAGCGGCUUGACGGAGAUCUCCUCCACCCGCACCUCCACCUGCAGCGUCACCUCCUCCCCCUGCAACGUCACCUCCUCCCCCUGCACCUCCCCCUGCAGCGUCACCUCCUCCCCCUGCAACGUCACCUCCUCCACCUGCACCUCCACCUGCAGCGUCACCUCCUCCCCCUGCAGCUCCCCCUGCAGCGUCACCUCCUCCACUUGCACCUCCACCUGCAGCGUCACCUCCUCCCCCUGCAGCUCCCCCUGCAGCGUCACCUCCUCCCCCUGCAGCGUCACCUCCUCCCCCUGCAGCGUCACCUCCUCCACUUGCCUGCUGCAAACAAUCCGCUCCUCAGCUCUCUACCGGUCCGAUCACAGCGAUGCUUCCCGUCUCCACCCGCCUCCUCCUCCUACUCCUCCUCCGCCUGGCUGCUCCGGCCCUCCCGUCCCCAACGCCCUCCGACCAGCUCCAGGUCAGAGGUCAAAGUUCGCAGAGGGACACCAGCCAGGACUCCUUCAAGGUGUCCGUCUCCCAAGGCUACGUGACUCAGGAAGACGGGUCCGACACAUCGGGAGGGAAAGAGGUCAACCUGACCCCCGGUUCCCCUCUGGUCCUGACCCAUCGGAUCACACUGGUUCCAUCCUCCGGGUCCAGGUCCGGGUCGUGCGGGUGCGAGGCGGACUUUGCCGCCCUGCGGGAGCGCCUAGAACGUCUGGAGAGGGAGGUGUCGACCCUCAGGGAGAAAUGUGGAGGAGCUGAAGGAGGCUGCUGCACCUCAAAGGAGAGCAAAGGUCCCGGCUGCUUCAUCCAAAGGGACGAGGACGAUUGUCCCAAUGGGUGCAGCGACCAGGGCCGCUGCUCGGGGGGGACGUGCGUCUGCUUCCCCGGCUUCCACGGCGCCGACUGCAGCCAGUCCAGCUGCCCCGGGACCUGCAGCGGCGGGGGGCGCUGCGUGGACGGGGGGUGCGUCUGCCGGACGCGGUUCACCGGACCGGACUGCAGCCGCUGUGAGGACGGCCUGACGGGACCCAACUGUGACACCGUGAUGUCGGGGGUUCCUCAUCUGAGCGCCAGUGACAUCACAGAAACCUCCGUCCUUCUGCUCUGGACUCCACCCGGCCUCCAGUAUGAGACGUACCACGUCACCUUCAGCAGCCAGAAGGAGGGUGACCAGCAGAUCAGCGUGCAGGUGGACGGCGGCCUGACCACCUACAGCCAGACGGGCCUGGCAGCCGGGCAGGAUUACACCGCCAGCAUUGCCGGGGAGAUCGCCGGCCGGAGGGGAGCCGAGAGCUCUGUGACCUUCAUGACCCUCACCUCUGGUCCCACCAACCUCCGAGUGGUCAAGACGACCUCCACCUCCGCCGUGGUCCAAUGGGAGCAGUCGCAGGGUGAGAUCGACAGGUACCGCGUGAUCGUCACGCCCAACGAUGGAGCGGGCAGCAGUCAGGAGGUGACGGUCCCGGCUGGACAAAACUCCGCCCACAUCCGGCAGCUGGAGGCGGGGCGUUUGUACGACGUCGAACUGGUGGCGGAGAAGGGAGCGAGUCGGAGCAAACCGGCGACCAUUCAGGUUACUCCAGGGAAGACCUUACCGAAGGUUACCACGGCAGCUCUGGUGUUAGCACCCAGACAAAAUGUCGGCCACGGACACCGAGACUUUAACCCGUCAGACGAGGUGCAGGUCUUUGACCAACGGGGGAGGAGGGAGGAAGUGAAAGCCGGAGGUCUUAGUGGCCACAAUGAAGACUCUGCAACCUCGCAAGUGAUCACAGAAACUAAACCUCUGCUUGGCAAAAGGAUGGGAAUAAAUGAUACCAUACCCAAAGUCACAGAAAGGAUCUCAUUGUACAGGAAGCCAAACGUCUCAGGCUCUGACCAUUUAAACACAACCAGAGUUUUGUCCAGAUGGAGACAGUUUGGCCCAGGUCCUUUGAAAAAGCUCCCGGUGGGGCAAAAGAAGAAGGCACCGAUAGGAACCCUAAAUCUUAUACCGGAUGUGCCCGCUAUUGGAGACAGAACAAUAGCUUUGAAUUUGAGAGACCCGGGUGUGAACGUGUUAACGCCUGAGGCCGGUCCAGAUACCAACAGGCAGAGUAGCUCAGAGGAACCGACCACUAAUGCCAGCAUCAAAGAGCAAACAGAUGUUGGCCGGAGGGGGCAGGGAAACGACGGCGUGUCUUCGGAGCCCACUGGGACCGGUCAAAGCCAAGAGAAGAAAUGUUUGAACAAACUUAAAGUGAUACCCUUUAGAUUACCCGAUCGGGGCACAGGCAGCGGGUGUAAAGGACAUGGAACCGUACUGGUAGCAAAGACAACGGGUUCAGAUCAAGGUUCCUUUGGAACAGAUGAUUUGGAACCCUCGUCGUCAGAGACAGACGUCAACUAUUCACCCGAUCCUUUACUAAAACUCCUGACCGACACUUUUGACGAUUUGAACAUCACAACUUUUUCUGUUCACUUGUCCAGACCAUCAAAUCUCUCAGUCAAUGCAGAAACAGCAACGAGGCAGAUCUUAGGGGGAUUGAGGCCGUUGGCGCCGUCCUCAUCCGCCUCACAUUCAUCGUCAUCAGCACGGUCAUCAUCGUCUUCAUCCUCUUUAUCCUCACCGUCACUUGGUCCAUCUUCAUCAACAGCAGCUUCCUCACCAUCGCAUUCAUCAUCAUCGUCACCAUCAUCCUCCCUUUCCAGCUCAGAUAGAUCAGGUUCAAUUGGAAGCAAUGAACCCGAUGUUGAUGAAGGCAAAAGUGCAACUCACGUUACCUCACCUGAGGACGGAAAACUGCAACCCUCAGGAACUCUUUUCCAACGAACACCUGCAAAACAUGGAUAUGUACGUCGUCUGCACCCAAACUUUGGAUUGCAUCAGAACAAAACCCAUCUGAAUUUGGGAGUUCCUCACCCAAAAAAAGAGACAGAGACAAGGUAUACCUCCACGAUUCAACUACCAUCUUCACCGUUUUCAUCGGCCUCGGAAUCGGAAUCUUCAGUUGCGGUAGAGGCACCAGUAAGGGAUAUGAGUGGAGACAAAGAUGGGGCAACUACAAUGGCAUCAUCCAGAGUUGAACAAAACCAGACAAUGGCACCAACAAAAGGAGAACGUAUCCCAGUUCAGCGCCUUCCUCCAAAGGGACGAUACCUGCUGCGUCAUCCGAUUCUUGGAGCUCCUCAAAAUCUGACUCGUCGAAAUUUGAGGCAGCCCCCUCCGGCUCCACGACGUAUAAAUCCUGCAUCAGAUGCGAGGAUAGACCAGGUAUUUUCUGCUGUAUUGCUGGCCACUUCUUCUUCUCCUGUUUCGAAAGAAUCCUUUCCAACUGAAGGUAAGGCGCCAAUAGUAGCCAAGAAUGAAGACAGAGUAGGGACAAGAAUGCCCUCAACAAGUACAUUCACUGAGUUCAAUCAGACCAUCAGAGGGAUUGGGGUGCCUUCCUCUCAUCGCCCCACUCACCGAGGUUACCUUCGUCAACUGUAUGCUGGACGUUUCCAAAACAACACCCGUACAAACCUGAAACAGCCUCAACGUCCAAAUAAAGGGCCCAUCAGGAAGAUUUUCCCAAACAAAAAGACAAGUGGAGGCGAAAUAAUUCACACCUCAGAUUCAAGCUCUGACACCCAUGAAGACAAAGCCAAUGCCGGCAAAAUCACUGGAGCUACAAGUCAAGGUGGACUAAGGCUCCACCCGCUAACAAGAGGUGCAACCGCACAGCGUCACUCGCAGAUAGACAAAACAAAAGCAGACAAUACCACAAAAGGUUUGUUCAAGAGUAAACCUGAGCAGACAAAAGGUGUUGAUUUAACAGACGGUUAUGCUUCCGGAGACACAAGGGAACCUCUGGACCACGUGGGAGUAACAAACCGGACCUCCGAUGGAUUUACGCUGACGUGGGACUCCCCUGAAAAGAAGUACAAGAACUUUGUGGUGACAAGCCGAGACGUUGGGAAAGGUGAAGAACACUCUGCCAGUACAAAAGCUAAACCUGUACCAGGAACCGACCAAACUUUGAAAAACGUUCUUCCUGGUUCCGCUCGCUCUUUCCGGUUUGAGCAUCUUCCUCCUCGGACCUCGUACACCGUGACCUUGCUUGGAAAGGGACCCGUCCUCCAGUCCAGACUGCACAGGCUUGUCAUCAGUACAGGCCCCGAGCCCCCGACCAACAUUGUCUUCAGUGAGGUGAUGGAGAACUCUCUGACGGUGUCGUGGACCAAACCCAAGACCCCCGUCAGUGGUUUCAAGGUCACCUACACCCAGACGGAGGAGGGUGAGCCGGUGUCGGUGUCGGUGGACCCGGACCACUCGGCCCUCCACCUCACCAAGCUCUCCCCGGGUUCCUCCUACGAGGUCAGCGUCAUCUCCGUGCUCGGGCUGGACGAGAGCGACCCGAUCCGAGACCGAGCCGCCACGCUUCCCGACCCGCCCACCGACCUCCGGGCCUUCAACGUCACCGACACCACGGCCUUGUUGCUGUGGCGACCGGCGCUGGCCAGCGUCGAUAAGUAUGUCAUCGUGUAUGGCGCUGGGACGGACUCUGAGCUGAGGAUCAACGUCUCUGGAAACGCAGCAAAGCAGCAGCUGAGCAACUUGGAAAGAUUCACCAGGUACAUCUUCACCAUCAGGAGCCAAGUGGGCUCCACACAGAGCUCAGAGGCCUCCACCCACUUCACCACGAGAGGAGACUCCAGAGGCGGAGACAGCCCACGUGACCUCAGGGCCGACAACACGACCCCACGCACCGCCGUGUUGUCAUGGAAACCGCCCUUAAAUCUGGUUAAGGGCUACAGGCUGACCUAUCAGAGCGAAGGUCGGGCACUGAAGGAGGUGAUGGUGGACGCCUCGCUGACGGAGUACAACCUCACCAGACUUCACCCCGGAUCAAAGUACUCGGUGCAGCUGCAGGCCGAGGGAGGAGGCCGGUACUCCGACGCCAUCUCCACCGACUUCACCACCGGCACCCUGAGGUUCCCCUUCCCCACGGACUGCUCCCAGGAGCUGCUGAAUGGCAUCAGGAUGUCCGGCGAGGCCGAGGUCUUCCCUCAGGGCAAACUGGGGCCCCCAAUGGAGGUUUACUGCGACAUGGAGACGGAGGGCGGCGGCUGGACGGUCUUCCAGAGGAGGAAGGACGGCUCUGUGGACUUCUUCAGGGGCUGGAAGGACUACACCAAAGGAUUCGGGGUUCUGAGCGGAGAGUUCUGGCUCGGCCUGGAGAACAUCUACAACCUGACCUCCAUGACCAGGAUGUCCCUGCGCGUGGACCUGCGGGACCACGACGGGGCGGCCUUCGCUGAGUACUCUACCUUCGAGCUGGUGAAGAGAAACUACAAGCUGAUCGUGAGCGGGUACAGCGGCACUGCAGGUGACUCCCUCAGCUACCACAGCCAGCGGAUCUUCUCCACUAAGGACCGCGACCUGGCGCCGUUCAUCACGCGCUGCGCCCUGUCGUACCGAGGAGGCUGGUGGUACAAGAACUGCCACGAGGCCAACCUCAACGGCGCCUACGGCACCGACCUCAACCAGCAGGGUGUGAUCUGGACCACCUGGAGAGGGACAGAGUUCUCCGUCCCGUUCGCUGAGAUGAAGAUGAGACCAUCAGCCUUCAGUCCUCCAACGAUGAACUGAACCGCACACACACACACACACACACACGCAUGCAUGAUGGACAGCAGUGUACACACACACACACACACAAUGCAUGAUGGACAGCAGUGUACACACACACACACACAAUGCAUGAUGGACAGCAGUGUACACACACACACACACACAAUGCAUGAUGGACAGCAGUGUACACACACACACACACACACAAUGCAUGAUGGACAGCAGUGUACACACACACACACACACACAGAUGGAGACGUGUCUCUUUUCAUCUGUAUACAGGUCACUUAUCUGUAUGUAGUUGUACAGUUUGUCUUCUUUUUAAAGGGCCAGUUCUCCCAAAGUAAGAGAAAACCCUCCAAAGCUCGACGGCUUUUAGCUUGUAGAAAGUUUGCUUUCCGAAUAGUGCAGAUCAAUAAACUGGAAUUAACGCGUUGCUUUAAAAAAUCAGUUUGAUGAGAAACUAACUUAAUAUUAAAAGGAACGAGUCUCAAAUGCAUCACGAGUUCAGCAUCUUUGAGAGUCGUUAUUGUCAGAAGACGCUGUAGCAGCUGACUCACUUUUAAAUUUCCUAAUUUUAUAUUUCCUAACUUUAUAUUUCCUAACUUUAUAUUUCCUAACUUUAUAUUUCCUAACUUCCACCUUGUUUGGUUCCGAUCGGUUUGAAGACGCAGGCUCACCUGUGCAAAUGAGUCCAGGUACGCAGCUCUGUAACCGUGUGUUGUUUUAUGGUUUUAUGGACCAAAGCAUUUACAUAUAUAUAUAUAUAUAUAUAUGUGUAAAUAUACAUUUACAUGUAUAUUUCUUAUGUAAAUAAAUACUAAAGAGUUAAACAUAAAAUCAUUUGUUGUUGGUCGAGCAAAAAGUCAAUCCGACAGGUAUCUGUGACAUAUUUCACAUGUUUGAUGUGGGAACCAGCAGGUGAGUCACAGAGACCUUCGCUGCCUCCCCUUUGCAAAUA